AUGGGGGCUGUCGACAGAUCAGAUAUGAUGCUGAGUAGCGUAGAUUGCACUCGAAAAUGUCUGAAAUGGUAUAAGAAGUUAUUUCUCCAUUCGAUUAACAUAACAUUGCUAAACGCACAUGCAAUGUUUUCCACAAGACAUACUAAGAAGACUUCAUUCGCCAAUUUUCAUCUAGCGGUUAUUGCUCAACUUCUAGAAAGGUAUGGCAUAGUAAAAUCUAUACAUUGCGAUUUGGGCAAUGCCAGGCUUCAGAAUAGACACUUUCCGGUGUCAGUUCCACGAAAACCAGGCAGUACUAAGGUUGGAUCCAGAAGAUGUUGGGUUUGUUCCCAUACAAAGCAGAAGCAAGCAAAAAGAAAAGAGUCCAGCUAUAUGUGCCCAGAAUGUGACGUUGGAUUAUGCGUGGUCCCUUGCUUCAAAAUAUAUCACACAGAGGCUACUUUUUAA